AUGUCAAUGUCUGCUGUUAUCAAACCUUCAAAUAUCUUGUCAGCUGAACAUCACGCCUCGAGACUAAAUUACCCUCUUACUAAAAUGCAACAAUUAAAUAUGGCUCCUGCUAUCCAACCUUCUUCAAUACCCACCGUUCAUCAAUCUAUAAUCAAUAAUUGUACUGAACCAGAAGUUGAUUGCGUCGAUGAUUCCUUACACGAGGAUGAAUCUCAAUUGACUCCUGACUCUCCAAAGAGUGGGAUACUUCCUCAUUUUGAAUAUGUGUCUUACGAUAGAGUUCAAGAUCUCUAUGAACAACGAAAGGGUCAUUUCUAUUUUAUCCCUGAUGGUUUUGAACCCGUUUUGGUUCCAAAUGACUCUAAAGCUUCUGCUGUAACAAACUUAUUGGAAAAUUCUAAACCUGUCUCAUCUGCUCCUAACGUUUCAAGGAUGCUUCCAGAUUCUGAUGUUCGUCUUCCAUCCUUUGCUCUCCCUUGCGGUGUUGCUGGCUCAAAGAAAGACAAUUCCGCAAAUGGUAAAAAUGGUAAAAUCAAGAAACCUCCAAGACCUCCAAACGCUUUUAUUUUAUACCGUCGUGCCAAACAACCACAAAUCGUUGCUCAACAUCAAGGAAUUUCUAAUAAUGAUGUAUCUAAGGAAAUUGGUAGGAUGUGGCAUGAAGAACCUUUAGAAGUUCGCCUCAAAUUCCAAAAAAUGGCUGAAGCUGCAAAAGAAGAACAUAUGAAAAAAUACCCUGAAUAUAGAUAUAGGCCCAGACGUCCUCAGGAAAGGAAACGACGAAUCCCUACCUCCUCACGAGAUGCUUCAACCAGACGUGUCUCUGCUCCUGGCUUACCACAUAAUUUACUUGUAGAUAACAAGAUUUCAGGAUCUAGACGUAUCCCUUCAGGAUUAAACGAUUCUGAUGGUUAUCUUUCUGACUCUCAAUUGAUGGCAAUGCAAAAUCAACAAUCUUUCCGAACAAAUGGUGAUUUUGAUAAUCAUAUGUUCUAUGCAAGUCCAACAAAUACUUCUCAACAAGAAACAUUUGGUUUUAUCGAUAAUUCCAUGCCACAUCAAUUUUCCUAUGUUCAGAAUACUUAUGAUAAUUGUCCAACCGAUUUCGCAUCCUUUGAUGUUGAAUUUGAUGAAUAUGAUUAUAAUGGUCAAAUUGCUUCGCUAGAUUAUCCCAUAACUGAUCAAUAUUCACAAUAUGCGAUAUACAUACUCCCCUAUCGAAAAUAUUCGUAUGUUUCCGUAUUCGAUUUCACUUUACAUUUUUUAAAAUUAGCGUAA